GGGGAAGGGGCUUUUUUCCAUGGAAGACAGAUUUUGGAUGCCGUUCUAAUUGCAAAUGAAGUGGAGGAAGUUAGGAAGAAGAAGAUAGUUUGGCUGGUCACUGGUGUUUAAGAUAGAUUUUGAGAGGCCACAUAAUCACGUGAAUUAGGGUUUUGGAUUUGUUGGAAUUUGGAGAAAGUGGAUGUUUGAAUCUGUAUGCUUACGUAAAACCUGGGGGGUGGGGGUGGGGGUGCCCAAAGCCUGUGGUGCCCAUAAGGAUGCUCAGAAUCUGACUUGUUCAAACAUCUCUCCUCUUUUUUUUUGGUUACAAAAACCUAUUACAAUUUCUAAAAAAAUUCUUCUACUAUGCACCUGCAUUUUUUCUUGUUCCUUAUCCCAUAUGGUCGUUGAAUUUCCCAACCGAGCUGAUUACGUAUGCUUUAGUUAAUCCAUGUUUUAUAUACAUUCUUUAAUUUUCAUUUUCAACUUCAGUUCAUCAUCCGGAGUAACUUGCAAUAUGCUGCCCUAAGUGCUUUGAGGAGACUUCCGUUGGAUCCAGGAAACCAGGCAUCUCUGUAUCGUGCUGCCCAAGGGGUUUCAUUUGCCGAUCCAGUUGCUGUACGGCAUGCAUUGGAAAUUUUAUCUGAGCUAUCUACAAAAGAUCCUUAUGCGGUUGCAAUGGGCUUAGAGAAACAUGCAGAGCCUGGAGGAGCUUUGCAGGAUGUCCUCCAUUUGCAUGAUGUUCUUGCUAGAGUUGCUCUAGCGAGGUUGUGCUAUACAAUUUCUAGAGCACGAGCCUUGGAUGAGAGGCCCGAUAUUAAAUCUCAGUUCAAUUCUGUGCUUUAUCAACUCCUCCUGGAUCCCAGCGAAAGAGUCUUUUUUGAGGCAAUUUUAUGUAUAUUGGGAAAACAUGGUAGUGCAGAGAGGGCCGAAGACCGGGGUACUGGGUGGUACCGAUUGACUAGGGAGAUUCUCAAGUUUCCAGAAGCACCUUCUGGGAAGGGUUCCUCAAAAGAUAAAUCUCACAAGACAAGGCAACCACAACCCCUUAUCAAACUUGUAAUGAGAAGGUUGGAGAGUUCUUUCCGUAGUUUCUCUAGGCCAGUACUCCAUGCAGCAGCAAGAGUUGUGCAGGAGAUGGGGAAGAGUCGGGCUGCUGCAUUUGCUAUAGGAAUACAGGAUAUCGAUGAAGCAGUGCAUGUUAAUACAUUUUCCGAGUCUCUCGAUUCGCAGGAUUAUAAUAUUAAUGAAACCGCGCAUCCUGAAAGUAAAUUUUCAACUUUUUUAUCUUUUGACAGGAUCUCUUGUAAGUUGUAACCUUUUAGAUACUGGUCAAUAGCUUCAGUAGCAUCUUCCAUCUAAUAUUUUAGAGGAUCAAUGAUCAUUAAUAUUGAUGAUAUCAACUGUGUAGAUUAUGUAGCUAUACAAUGAGUGAUGUGAGUCACUGGAAAUAUCUCAUUAGUUACGGUUUAUAUACAUAUACAUAUAUAUAUAUAUAUAUAUAGAAUUUGCAUGUAUGAUUUUGUGUAUAUACAUAUGGGCAUGUUUGUAUUCCUUUUGUCCCAAUGGACUUUGAGUAAUAGGCAUUAGAGUGCCUUUAUAAUUAUCAUUAAUUAUUUAUGAGUAUGCUAUGAGUUCUGCAUCUGGUGUGAGCUCUACAACUUGUCCCCUGUAUUGCACUAUUUUUUAGUAAUGAAAGUAUGCGUCUUAUACGUAAAACAAAAGGAUGCUCUUAAUUCAGCAGUUACACGUGUCUGGUGUAUAAAUUUAUGGAAUAUUAAUUUCAUAUAUGUUUCAAGCCAAAGUCAUGCUUGGUUUUUAGUUACUUUUAUCAUGGGGAAUUUUGCACCAAAUAUACUUGAGAACAGUUCGUGCAUGAAAAUUUUGCAGAUGUUUAUCUGGCAUAGGUUUGAUGAUUGAAUUUUUAAAUCAACAUGUUUCACAGAGUGAAGAUUUUAUAUUAUUCUGGUUCUCCAGGACAUGCAUUGCUUUAUAAAUAUAUAGGUUUUUUAUUUGUAUUUUCCAUUUCAAGAUCAGGAAUGUAAAAUGUGUCUGGUUAGAGUGUUUUUUUGUAGCAAAGUCAUUUCAGUGUAUAUUUGAUACUUUUUAUCAAAAAUUUCACUCUCAAUUUUGUUUUUCUUUAAUCUCUUUGGGAAAACGAUAUGCCAUAUUUAAUUUCUGUUUUUUGUGGCUAGCAUAACAUAAGUUGGAAUUUUCCAUAAGGUCGUACCCAGUGCACAAGGCUCCCGCUUUACGCAGGGUCUAGGAGAGGUGAAUGUCGGCUAGCCUUACCUCCAUUUAUGGAGAGGCUGCUCCCAAGUCUCGAACCCGAGACCUACCGCUCAUGGACGAAGGCACUUGCCAUCGCACCAAGUGCGACCUCUUUGGAAUUUUCCAUGUUAGAGUAAAAUAGGUAGAAAACACAUGAUAUGUUGUAACAAGGUAGGUAAAUGUAAAUGAGGCCUGCACUUUCUCCCAAAGUAUUUUGGAAAUAUGUAGGACUUAUACUGUUUGCUUGUGUUUUUACUAGCCAUGUUCUUUUAUAUAUUUUUAAAGGAUGAAUAGUUAGUACAGUGGAAUGCGAUCUAAUUAUGUUUCGUGGUUUCCCUUCCCACCACAUAGGCAUUCGAAGAACUUCUUCUGUAUCUGCAGGAGUAGGUGGCAAGGAUACAAUUGCUAGUUUGUUAGCUUCAUUGAUGGAAGUUGUGCGGACAACUGUAGCAUGCGAGUGUGUUUAUGUUCGAGCAAUGGUAAUUAAGGCACUCUUCUGGAUGCAAAGUCCCCACGAUUCGUUUGAUCAACUAGAAUCUAUUAUUGCAUCAGAGCUUUCUGAUCCAGCUUGGACAGCCACACUAUUGAAUGAUAUUUUACUCAUUUUGCAUGCUCGU